AUGAAUCCUUAUGGUCAUCAUCCAUUUCAACCACAACCACCAGGUAUGAUGAUGAAACCACCAUAUGGUGGAUUUCCACCUGGUGGUCCACCACCAUUUGGUCCCUUCCCACCUGGAUUAGUACAACCACCAUAUGGUGGUCAAUUUCCACCACACCAUGGCCCCUUCCCACCACAAAAUGUAAUGCCCCCAAAUUUUAAUGGUGGUAUGGUUGGUGGAAUACCACCACAUCUUCAACAUCAUAACAAUGGAUAUCCAAUUCAUCCAACACCACCAAUGGGAAGAGGUAUUCCAAUGCAUCCUCACAAUCAACAACAACAACCACCACAACCACCACAACCUACACAACCACCACAACCACAUUACCCAAUGGUACCAGGUUCAUUCAUAAAUCAAAAACCUAAUAUUUUUAAUAACAAUAAUAAUAUUAAUAUUAAUAAUAAUAAAAAUAAUAAUAAUAGUCCAUUACAUCACCAAAAUGAAAAUAUUAAUUCACCACCAACACCAUUGAAUCAAAAUAAAAUUAAUAAUAUAGCAUCUACCACCACUAACAUUACCCCAUCAACUUUUAUACCAGCUACAUCUACACCCACAUCUACACCUACCACUAUUACUACAACCAACACAACAAACAAUACAAAUAAUUUUAAUAACAAUAAUAAUAAUAAUAAUAAUAAUAAUAAUAAUAACAAUAAUAAUAAUAAUAAUAAUAAUAAUAAUAAUAAUAACACUAGUACAACAGCAUAUAUAGGUAAAAUACCACAAUUUGUAGAAGAUUCAUUUAUUAGAUCAUUAUUAAAUCAAUGUGGUAAAGUUAGUAAAUGGAAUAGAGCAUCAGAUACCAAUGGAAAAUUGAAACAAUUUGGACUUUGUGAAUUUGAGCAUGCAGAGGGUGCAGUUACAGCAUUGAGAGUUCUUAAUGAUUUAGAGGUUGAUAGGGAUGGUGGUAAAUUAGUUGUAAAAGUUGAUAAAGGGCAAAAGUUUUUCAGUGAUUAUUUAGAUAAGAAGGGUGGAUUAACCGAUCAAUCAUCAGACUCACCUCAAGAUAUCAUUUUAAGGGAAUCGAUAAAGGCUAUGGUUGAAAAGAAUUUUAUCAAUAUUUAUGAGAAAAAGAAAAUGGAAUCAAAUGAAAUCAAUGAUUUCUAUAAUAAGGAUAGAAGAGACUUAACAAAGGAAGAGAAAAUUAAAAUCAUUGAAAAAGAAAAGGAAAAAGAGAAACAAAGACACAAAGAGAGAGAGCUAAAGAAUAAAGAAAGAGAUUUAAAAGAUUUCAAAGAGAGAGAGAAAAAUUGGGAGAGAAGAGAGAGAACCAAAGAAAUUGAUAGAGAGAAAGAGAAAGAGAAAGAAAAGGAGAAGGAACAAAGAGAGAUUAAAGCUAGACAAUUGGAAAUGGACGAAUAUUCAGAUUCAGAUGAGAAAAUGAGAAAACGUAUCAGAUCAAGAGAAGCAAUCAAAUAUAGACAAAAGGAGAGAGAAGAUGAUGAAAAAGAUAGACAGAGAGAAUUGGCCGAAUUGGCUGAACUCGAACUAAAGAGACAAAAAGAAGAAGAAUUAAAUAGGAUCCAAUUGAGUAGUAAUAUCAAUAAUAACAAAAAAUUGAAAUUAGUAGGCAAAGGUUUUAACUCUAUAGAUGAGGAUGAUGAAAAUCAAUCUGAAAAUGAAUUACAAAAUAGUUUACAAAUGUCAAAAAAGAAACAAACUUUCAUUCCAUUGGAUUAUAAUGAAAUUGAUCAAGUUUUAAAUCCACAACAAUAUCAACAACUUCAAAAACAACAACAAUCUACAGAAACUACAACAACAACAACAACAACACCAAAUAAUAAUAAUUCAAAUGGUGGUAUUGAUUUAUCGAGAAUAUCAAAUGAUAGAGAACAAAUAUUUAAAUUUAAAAUUGAUUGGAAUUAUGUUGAUAAGAAUCCAACAAUUGUCAAUGAAAGUAUGAAAGCUUGGAUCACCACAAAAGUUAUUGAGUUCUUUGGUGCAAAGGAAGAUGAAUUGAUCGAUUUCAUCUUAAACCUCUUAAAAACUCAUUUAGAACCAACCGAUAUUAUUUUAAAACUUAGAGAUGUGUUUGAAAAUAAUGCUGAUGAUUUUGUAUUACAAUUAUGGCGUAUACUCUUAUACUAUAUUUCAAAUACUAUUGCAAAUAAUACUACAAUCAUCUCAUCUCAAUAA